AUGAACGUCCACUAUCAGACUGCAUCCGCAGCUGCAGAAUUGGAGCAGCUUGCCCUAGAGCGAACAGGUCAUCGCCUGGCAGGCCAGCAGCUGGCCACACUGGAUCAUAAGCGCGUACACUCCGAACUAACGACGUCGUAUUUCGCCAACGACAGAACGUGGAGAAUGAUCCAAAGGUCAGACGAAGGACCGACUACGAGCGAGAUGGUAUGGCACCUCCAAGGAAUACUUAUGAAGAAAGACUUGCCGCCUUUCGACGCGGCCAUCAGGCCCAACAUGAAAGCCAAAGCGAGGUACCUUCGACAAGGCGUAACGAUUGGCGGAUUCAGCACGCCCACCUUCUCGCGUGCUGCAGAGAACAUAUCGGAAAUAUACUCCGUUUUCAGCAGAUGCGUCAAGGAGGGUAGUCUCGCGCCUUCCGACGUCGUAACAACCAGUCCCAACGGGGUCAGCAUAUCGGCUUCCAAUCGAUACUUCACGUCGAGGUCGGAUGAUCCCCAAGGACAAGCGUAUACCAUCGGGUUCGACAUAGACCCCAACGGGACACUAACGCAAGUCGCCGGGGACAGGUACUUCUACGGAGAAGACAACAUAGUAUAUUACCUGGAGAAAAUAGAGAACACGGAGACAGGAACAGGGAAUGCUAGUCUUCAAAGCAAAAGCAUUGGCCCAGUAAAGAUCAGGGAAGGGGACAUCGUCGAGAUCCAAGUAACAUUCAUGCUCGUACCGAUGAAGGGAAACAAGUGGAGAAUGAACGCCGUGCUUCGCUGUAUUACAAUACUCGACGCGUCUUUUGCCCUCGAAGCCACCAGACGGUUAUCGACCAACGCUCCCCUCGAGGUUCUGGAGCCACAAGUACGAUUGAAGCGACGAAUAGGGAAGGACAUAGAAGACGAACAACAGGAAGACGCGCGUUCCAACAAAUUUCAAAGAAUGAACGUAGACGGAUGA